AAAUUGUAAUUUUCCUCUUUUAUUAUAGAUCUCAUGCCUUCAUUCAUCCGGCAUGGUCCAACAAUUCCAAGACGAACUGAUAUCUGUCUUCCAGAUUCAAGCUCUAAUGCUUUUUCAGCUUCUGGAGAUGGAGUAGUUUCAAGAAACCAGAGUUUUCUUAGAACUCCAAUUCAAAGAACACCUCAUGAAAUAAUGAGAAGAGAAAGCAACAGAUUAUCUGCACCUUCUUAUCUUGCCAGGAGUUUAGCAGAUGUACCUAGGGAGUAUGGCUCAUCUCAGUCAUUUUUGACAGAAGUUAAUUUUACUGUUGAAAAUGGAGACUCUGGUUCCCGAUAUUAUUACUCCGAUAAUUUUUUUGAUGGUCAGAGAAGGCGUCCACUUGGAGAUCGUGCACAUGAAGACUACAGAUAUUAUGAAUACAAUCAUGAUCUCUUCCAAAGAAUGCCACAGAAUCAGGGGAGGCAUGCUUCAGGUAUUGGGAGAGUUGCUGCUACAUCUUUAGGAAAUUUAACUAACCAUGGGUCUGAAGAUUUACCCCUUCCUCCUGGCUGGUCUGUGGACUGGACAAUGAGAGGGAGAAAAUAUUAUAUCGAUCAUAAUACAAACACAACUCAUUGGAGCCAUCCUCUUGAACGAGAAGGACUUCCUCCUGGAUGGGAACGAGUUGAGUCAUCAGAAUUUGGAACUUAUUAUGUAGAUCACACAAAUAAAAAGGCUCAGUACAGACAUCCUUGUGCUCCUAGAUAUGACCACAUUCUGAAAUGGGAACUCUUCCAGCUGGCUGACCUGGAUACAUACCAGGGAAUGCUAAAGUUGCUCUUCAUGAAAGAACUGGAACAGAUUGUUAAAAUGUAUGAAGCUUAUAGACAGGCUCUUCUCACUGAGCUUGAAAACCGCAAGCAGAGACAGCAGUGGUAUGCCCAGCAACAUGGCAAGAAUUUUUAAGUUAACCUUUUAAGAAUAAAAUUUAAUUUUUAUAAGGGCUUUAAAAUAUUUUCACAGUUGAAAAAACUGCAGACAAGUACUUUGGUUAAUAAAGGCAGCUUACUUUUGGGAAGUUCUAAUUUUACAUAUAUUUUGUUAUUAGAAAUUUUCUUUUAUUGAACAAAAGAAAUGAAUUUAUUAUUUUAAGAGUCAACAUGAUAUGCUUUCAAAUAUUGCAUAUUAGGAAAUUGCUUUGAAUAAUCUUGAUGGAGAAAUAUGCAGAAAAAAAUGUUGUUACCAUUGGAUAUUUAAAAGGAUAUGAUCACUUGGUAACUCCUUAUAGCAGCAGUAUCUUUCUUUAAGAAAGAGAAACUAUGCAGUAUUUUAAAAAGAUGUUUAUUGCUUUAGUGUGGAAUGUUGUCUGAGUUGGAUGAUUUAAAUUUUACCAUGGUAUAGUUCAAAAUAUAAAAUAAGAUUUGGAAUCUUUAUUGUGAUAAAUUCUGUAUAUGGCACCCCCCCCCCACACACACACAGCUAAAUGUAAGGAACUCUUUUGAAGCAUGUUGAGAAAAAUCUUUUCAGGAAUAAAUUUAAGCAAGAAGCCUUAGCCUAUGUGGGGAAGGUAUGUGCAUCCCUCAAAAGUUGCUACUUGGUUUCAGCCAGAGCUCUUAAUUGGAUUUAGCAUGGCUCUGAUGAGACAGUGCAAGGUUCCAGACGGCAUAGUGCACUGCCUUCUGACAGACUGGGUUAAGCUGCCAAAAAUGACAAUCAGGGAUUCAAUAAGAAAUCUUAGUCAUUAAACCAAUUUUAUAUUACCUUUUUUAUCUUCUAAGUGUUUGUUACAAAACUUUAUAUAUUUCCCUCCCAUUUUCCUCCUGGUUUAAUAGUUAAGACAUUGUUCAUAAUUAGCACAAUAAUUUGAUUAUAGACAAAUUUAUGAUACUUCUAGCCUGUAAAUCUCUAGAAUUCUGUGAAUUUCAUAGCUCUUUAGAUACCUGUAUUGUAAAUAUGUAAAUAUAUUUUUAGUUUAGAUAGUCUUCCAAAACACAAGCACUCCUAGUUAGAUAUCAGUUUGAGUUAUUGAUAAAAUGUUAAGUGUUUGAUUUUAUAUAACAAGUUUAUUAAAUAUAUUUUUGUGGAAACUAAA